AUGAAAGACGCUUUGCAGGUUAUUGCACUUUUCCUUGGGUUUUUAGGAUGUGUGUCUGUUCUACUGUCAGUGUACAAUAAUUACUGGAGGGUGUCCACUACAGAUGGUACUGUCAUCACCACGUCAACCAUCUUUGAGAACCUCUGGAUGUCCUGUGCAGAUGACUCCACGGGUGUAUAUAAUUGUUGGAAUUUUCCCUCCAUGCUUGCUUUACCAGGUUACAUUCAGGCAUGCCGUGCAUUAAUGAUCACAUCUAUUGUGAUGGGCAUUUUUGGGCUUGUGGCAACUCUAGUAGGUAUGCAGUGUUCCAAGGUAGGAGGGGAGAAUUACAUUAUGAAGGACCGGGUUGCUGGGAUCGGAGGUGUCUUUUUCAUACUGCAAGGUCUAUGCAUUAUGGUUGCAGUGUCUUGGUAUGCUUUUAAUAUCACUCAGCAGUUUUUUGACCCACUGUAUCUUGGCAUAAAAUAUGAAAUAGGAGAAGGGCUUUACAUUGGUUGGAGUUCAGCUACGCUGGCUUUAUGUGGUGGCAGCUGUUUGCUGUGUGCUUGUAGACUGCGUGGCUCAGAUAAGAAAGGAUCAGAUCUUCAGAACUUCAGAAUUUCAGAUCAUACCAAACAUUUGCAGAUUGUUCAAAGUGACUCAUCUGUUCCUACCAGUCAUUAUGGACGCAAUGCAUAUGUGUAAGGAACAGACUUUACAAACGGAUCAAGAAGUUAAAUUUUCCAUAAUGUUUCAUCCAAAAUAAAGCCAUGUAAAUACAUCCUGUAAUUUACUGUAUGCAGUAUUGUUAUUGCAAAUAUGCAUUAAAAUGGAAUUAUGAAAGUUUACAGUGUAUUAGGGUUUUAAAAUAUGUCCAUAAAAUAUCAUUUAUAUGCUUGCACUGUCGUCUGUUAAAUGUUUAGGGUAACAUAUCACUUAAUUUUCAUAAGUAUACUUAAAAAUGUACAUAUAGACCCUUUUACAACGCACGUGAUCAAAUAGCCUGCGCACGCAUCUUUGCAACAGAAGUGGUGUUAUUCCCCAUUGGUUCUAACAUGUUAGCAACUCAGAAAGUUUAUCAAAACGGUUUCCCAGCAUCAAAAUGUCUGUUUGUUGCGUUUGGUUGCACGAAUAUAAAAUACUAAUGUACGUAUAUAUGUAUCUGGCCACUUUAUAUUUGGCCAUCUGCAAUGUCUUCUAUCCACUCCACUAUAGUACACGGAUUUGGUAGCUGUGUUGAAAAAGUUGAUUAAAGUUGAAAUAACUUUCUCUGUCUGUGUUGCUUUACUGCUGUUUCUUGACAUACUUCCAUUGCCAAGAUGCGCGCGCAUACGCUGCCACGUCAUCGUGUACAAACAGUAAAAGGGUCUAUUGACACACACAGAGAUGACAUCAUACUACCGAAAGCAUAUGUAAAAUGCGUAACUUAACUGUUUAAUAUCUGUUUAUUUCUUUUGUGAUGUUAGUUUUUUCACACUGUCAUAUAACGAACAUGUGACUUUUACAGCAAAACACACACUUUUAAAGGUACUUGUAUGCUUUAAUGCUUUAUAUACCUUCAACUACUAAAAUUAAUUGAUAAAACACAUUAAAUAUUUUCAUUACUUCAAAAAAAAAACAACAACAUGUAACACUAAUUUUAACGUCUGGAGGCCGCCGUUAUGUUUCGCGUUCUGAGGCUGAUGUGUAAUGGUUGCUGUGAAAAUAUAACUACAGUUUACUAAAGUAAAUACUAUGGUAUCUUCUAUAGUUUCUCAUGUGAGAAUUUUGUAUUUCUCACUUACACAUUCUUACCUCUCAGAUCACCAUUAUUUUGAUCUUCUUUCAUUGCUAUGUUUUCUUCAUUUAUAUUACUCUCUAUGAAAGGGCUGAACAGAAGACCUGAUGCUGAAUUUUUAAUGAAAUGCUAACCAAAUAUUGCCCCUGGCUGUCUUUGUUUAUCACGUUUACCUUGCUGUAUCUAAACAGUGCUAAAUAGCACUAAAAGUUGUUCACUGGCUCGUAAUCAUAGGUGAACCAUUUUAAGUGCCAUAUAGCACCUAUGUAGCAUCUGUGUAGCACCAUAUUGUGCUAUAUAGAACCAUAUCUGAUGCUAUAGUGGUGCUAUAUCACCUCCGGAUGGUUCUUCAAAGGUGCUUUAUAGGUGCUAUAGAGCACUAAAAACGUGUAUUCGGUGUUUUACUUGUGUACCCUUGUUUUCAGUUGUACCUCCUCAUGUUAAUUAGUGUCUCCGCCCCCUUGUUUAUCUCCAUGGUUACUCAUUGUUCUCAUGCUCUCCCCUUGUUUGUUGUCUUAAGGGGAUCGCACACCGGACGCGCAGCUCAGCGCCACGCCGUUCUAAAAAAAACCCGAACACAUUGUUUUCUAUGAGCAUACGCACACCGGCGCCACCUGUCCGCGCCGCCCAGCUUUGACUCAGGAAGUUGCUCAAAUCUCGUGUCAAAGAGUCGUGCCACUCACAUAGUUUAACAUUAAAUAACAUCAUAUUUGUCCCAAAUCAUUAACGAUUAACAUUGGCUGCUAACGUAUAUUUUGCAUUUUGAUGUAGACGCUACCAGAAGAAGCUCGCGCUAUGUAAUGUGCACUUCCGGUUUACGAUACCUCAGAGUUGUCAUACAUAGAUAUAUACACUAGAUGUCGCCUUGGCUACUACGGCAGUUCAUUGGACCGAAUGCGUCAAACAGAGCCACCAUCUUGAAACAGGGGAAUCCCGCAUUAGCGUCAUUGUAGGCAAUGGUGUAACAGAAAUAACAUCACCAUAAAUCGUCAUGAACGCGAUUUUCUUGGUUUUCUUUUGGUUCGUUUCAACAGUCAGACAUGUAUUUAGCAUUAAGUACAGGAAAAAAUAAAAGUUUUGAUUUUAUGAAAAUGUACUUUUUCUAACUGUAAUGCAUAGUGCUAGUAGCCCUUUCAUCCAUGCGCAGCACAAAAGUCUGGCAUCGUUCAUGAAUUCAAAGUACAGGCGGAGAUAGCUGCUUUACCUAGAUACUUCCUAUGACAAGACCCCUGUUCUAAGAUGGCGGCGGUUUUGACGCAUGCUCAGAGCCUCAAGGCGACAUCUAGUGUAUAUAUCUAUGGUUGUCAUAGACGUGACUCGACGCUGAGCUGUGCGGCCGGUGUGCGACCCCCUUUAGUUACUGAUUAUUUCUGCUCUGUCAUUGGUCAUUGUCAUGCACAUACCUUGCCUGUUAAUUCAUUGUUUGCCGUUCGUUGUUUGAUGUUGCGUGUUUCUAGUGUUCCCCUGUAAUGUUUUGCUUUGUUUACCUGCACAUUUUGGAAAUAAACUGCAUUUGGAUCCGCA